AUGGAGCGAGAAGUGACUUCAGACUCUCAAUAUCCGCUUCCCACUGAAGAGGAAACCAAAACGCUUCGCAAGGUCGCGGGCUCCCUGCCUUUAGUCUCGUUCACUUUAUGUCUGGUGGAGUUUGCUGAGCGCGCAUCCUACUACGGUGCUAAGACCGUCUUCAGCAACUUCAUUCAAUUCAAACUCCCCGAGGGUGGUAACGGAGCGGGUGCUCCCCCGCGAGGCACUCAGAAAACAGCUGGCGCCUUAGGGAUGGGCCUCCAAGCGUCAUCCGGACUGACACUGCUGUUUCUCUUUCUUUCAUACGUGAUCCCUAUAUUUGGUGGCUGGUGGGCCGACGUUCAUAUCGGUCGAUAUAAGGCAAUCUGUGUGGGCGUCCUGAUCUGUGGAGUUGCCCAUAUCAUCCAAGUCAUCGGCGCCAUCCCCUCAGUUCUCCAGAAGGGCACAGCUAACGCGGCUGCGCCAUUCAUCAUUGGGCUGCUGCUUCUGUCCUUUGGUGCGGGUAUAUUCAAGCCUAACGUUUCACCUCUCAUCCUCGAUCAAACUCCCCACAAGAAAGCCUACACGAAAACGCUGGAGUCGGGAGAAAGGGUCAUCGUGGAUCCCGAAGCCACGACAAGCAGAAUCAUGCUCCUCUUUUACGGCUUUGUGAAUGUCGGUGCUUUCUUUAUGCUUGCAACUACAUACUCUGAAAAGUAUGUGGGAUUCUGGCUCUCUUUUUUGCUGGCAGGUAUUAUCUAUCUCUUGCUCCCUAUUCUCCUUCUGGUUAUGUACAAGAAGACAUACAAAAGGCCGCCGGCUGGGAGCUCAGAGGUCUCGCGGGCUUUCAAAAUUAUUGGGACUGCUCUUCGUCAGAACAAUUUUCAGUUCUGGCGUAAGGGUUUCUGGGAUAGGGUGACACCCGCCAGCCUCCUGAAGAAGGGUAUCACCGUGGGCUGGACAGAUAAAAACGUCAAGGAUGUUUCCAGAACAGUGGCUGCCUGCGAUAUCUUCUGGUUCUACCCGAUCUACAACCUCAACGAUGGCGGUAUCGGAUCUGUAUCGACGAACCAAGGCGCGUCAAUGGUCACCAAUGGCGCACCUAAUGAUGUUCUUAGUAAUUUCAACGCGUUGACAAUCAUCUUUGUCAUUCCUAUCCUCACCUUCGUGAUCUACCCCACGCUACGUCGCUACAAGAUCAACUUCGGUCCAAUUACCCGCAUCACAUUCGGCUUUGUCCUAGCGACCCUCGCUGGUCUCGUGGGUGCGCUAGUCCAGUGGCGAGUCUACUCGCUCUCACCUUGCGGUAGUCAAGCGUCGACUUGUGAUGAUGUGGCCCCGAUUAGUAUCUGGUGGCAGCUUGCUAAUACUAUUCUGAGUGCUUUGAGUGAAUGUUUCUCCAAUGUUACCGCCUAUGAGCUCGCUUAUGCACGUUCCCCACAUGGCAUGAAGGGUCUGGUGGUGGCCUUCUUUCUCUUUAUGAAUGCCUUGUCGAGUGCGAUUGGUGAGAUUUUGCUUCCAGCGACUGCUGAUCCGUGGCUGAUCUGGAUCUGGGGUGCACCGGCUGUGGCGCUUGCUUUGCAGACGAUUGUUUUCUGGUUCAGAUUCAGACAUCUGAAUAAUGAAAACUGGACAGAAGAAGAAGAAGAGACUACCACUACUCUGGCUCAGGAGCAACAAAAGGUUUGA